AUGAAUUAUAAUCAGCAACCGAUCUCUCCACAGGAACUUUUGAAUAUGUUCCAACAUAGAAACAUGAUUCCCGAAUCUCAGUACAUGGCAAGCCAGGGUUAUUAUCCCAACCAAUACCAAAAUGAUCCCAGAACUGAUGAUAAUAACAAUAGUAUGCCACCGGCUUCUUCUGACGUUCCUCCUCCCCCGGCUGCUGUUGCGUCUGCUACUCCGACUUUUUUAGAUCCAAUGGGGUUCAAUAAUGAAUGUCCAUUAUUAAAUAACUCUCCUGUUCAAACAGUAUUACCUCAACAACAGCAACUACAACACCGCUCUUCUUCACCUUCACUAAUGAACCCAUAUUCCUCUAUACCAUUAACUAAGGAGAAUAAUAAUAAUCAACAAUAUCAAGUACCUCAUAAUCAUCAAGUACAAAAUAAUAUCAACUCUUUCAAAGAUGCUCUACCAUCUCCUCGUUCCAAAAAAAACUCACUUAAUUCAUCGAAUACUAUUAACCCUAAUUAUAAUAUCAUUGACAAUAAUAACAAUAAUACGUUGGACUUGACGGAAGAAGAAAUUAAAGCCAAAAAGAAAGCUCAAAAUAGAGCUGCACAAAAGGCUUUCAGAGAAAGGAAAGAUGCAAAAUUGAAAGAAUUAAGAGAGAAAUUAAAUGAAAGUGAACAAAAUCGUCAAGAUUUAUUAAAAGAGGUUGAUUCAUUAAGAAAAUUAAAUAUGGAAAUUAACGCAGAAAGUAAAAAAAUAUUAUUACAAACUACUAAUAAUAUCGAUAACAUCAAAAAAUUAUUAAUUGAAGAAGCACAAUCAGCACCAUCAUCAUCAUCGUCGGUUAAUAAUGUAAUAAUAAAGAAAAAUAGUAGCGAUGAAUCAUUAAACGAUCAUCAAUUCUUAUUAUCUGGCGCUAACAAUCCUAUGGAGAAACAUUAUCAUCAUCGCACCAGUUCUUCUUCAAGUCCCCAUUUACAAAAUGAUUCAAAAUUCUCCUUCCCAACAGAAGAUCAAAAUUUCAAUAUAAUAGAUGAUUUACAAGAUAAAUUAUAUUCAUAUGCAUCUGCCUAUACUGAUAAUAGUACAAACAAUAAUAAUAGUAAUGACAUAAAUUCAUUAGCUUCACCAAAUACCAUGGAUUCAAACACUAGCACAGGAACAUUAGCUCCAAGGGAACCAUUAUUAACCAUACCGGCAACAUGGGAAUAUUUACAUAAAUUAUCAGAACAUCAAGAUUUCGAUGUAUUCGUAGUAAUGCAAAUGUUAAAAGGUAAAGAAGCUUGUGACGAAUAUGGUCCUGCAUAUCCAAAGGCUUUAGUUAACGAAAUGGUAGAAAAAUGUAUCAACGAAAAUUAA